AUGGGCUCCCCUGCGCCACCCGUCCCCAUGGACCGCGUUACGGAGGCCCUCUGGCGGGUACGCGGCGAGGACCCGCAGGACCUUGAGGCGCUCGUCGGCCGCAUCCUCGGCUACAUCCACUUCGUCCUCCCCGACCCGCCCGUCUCCCGCCGCGCCACCCUCCGCGCCUUCCUCCCCAACGACGGCGUCGACCGCGUCAGCGCCCUCCCCUACGCGCUGCUCCGCAACAUCGUCUCCCGCCUCCCCGACAAGGACGCCGCGCGCACCGCCGUGCUCGCCACGCGCUGGCGCGGUCUCUGGCGCUCCGCCCCGCUCGUCCUCGUCGACUCCCACUUCCUCGCCCCCGCCGCCGCCUCGGGGGGCCAGGUCGCGCGCGCCGAGGCGCGCCGCGUCACCGCCGCCGUGUCCCGCGUCCUCGCCGCGCACCCGGGGCCCAUCCGCAGCGCCCACCUCACCUGCAGCUACAUGGCCGAGUUCCCCAGCCUGCUCGCGCGCUGGCUCCAGACCCUCGCCGUCAAGGGCGUCCAGGACCUGGUCCUCGUCAAUCGACCCUUCCCGCUCGCUCUUGACCUCCCAGGCGCCCUCUUCGGCAUGCCCGCCCUCACCCGCCUCUACCUCGGCUUCUUCAAGUUCCCCGACACGGCCGGCCUCCCGCGCACGGUGUCCUUCCCCAACCUCCGCGAGCUCGGCCUCUGCACCGUUCUCAUCUUCGGCCCGGACAUGGACUUCAUCCUCGCCAGGAGCCCCGCGCUGGAGAUCCUUUGUAUCCAGGCCAACUUGUUCACCGAGCGCCUCCGCAUCGUCAGCCGCAGCCUCCGGUGCGUGCAGGUCGUCGUAGCCACCGAUCUGGACAUCCUCCUGGCGUAUGCGCCGCACCUCGAGCGUCUCAUUGUCUGGUCAGUGAUGGCCAAAGAAAGAUCGAACAUGAGGAUCAAGAUUGCCCCUGCUCCCGCGCUAAGCAUACUUGGCUACUUGGAGCCGGAAUUCCACACGCUGGAGAUCGGUAACACCGUCAUCAAGGCUGAGACAAGGGCGAGUCCAACCACCAUGGUCCCAACUGUGAAGAUCCUUGGCUUAAGAGUGCGUUUCGGCAUUGGCGACGAUGUGAAGCUGCUGCCUGCCUUUCUCAGAUGCUUUCCCUCUGUUGAGAGGCUGCAUAUUGAGUCCAAGAAAACUGCUGAGCCCACUGGCAUGCUCAACCACGAGUUCUGGAAGGAUGCCGGUGCCAUCGAAUGCGUCCAAUCACACAUUAAGCUGAUGAUGUUCCAUAAUUUUCAUGGGGAUCAGAGUGAGCUUUCCUUCCUCCAGUUCAUCCUGGAGAAUGCACCGAUGCUGACGAAGCUGGUGAUUGUGUAUCCCAGACGAACCUUCACAUCCGUGACCGAGGCCAGCUCCAAAUUAGAGCCUUUGUUUGCUGCAAGAUGGGCCAGUACAUGCUGCUCACUUCUGCUAUCUGAGGGAGCGUAUGCUGAAGGAGAAGAGCCACUUGAGUUACAGAGCUUUAAAAGAGGAUCUAAUUUCUCCGUGAGGGACCCUUUCGCCUUCAUCGUCCGAGCUUAGUUUCCAUGGAAAUGGCUAGUGCUCUAUUGAAGUAUCUACAUGAAAGGCUCUGUUUUGUUCGUUCAGUGUUGUUUCAAGUCUCGGUAGGGUAUUCUGAUUCUAAUAGGAUGACUACACUCAAGUGUUGAUGAGAUAUGAACUACUUCAUCAAUGUCCCAUGUGGCUCCCUCUUUUACUAUGUAGCUUUCGCCUCAUGUUUAUCAUUUUACAUCACAUAACUCCUGCUAAAUAUGAGGCUGGCUUGAUGCUGUUGGGCCGUGA